UGAGGCUGGAGCAUUACAAGAAUUAUGAGAACCUCGCGAGGUCACACCAGGGGUUUGAUAUGGAGUGCAAACAAGUGGAGACAAAUGACAGGUUCUAUGAUUUCUGCUUCAACACACGACUUGUCAAGCCAACGAUAGUGCAUUUUCAGGUACAUUUCUCUUCCACUUUUCUAAGAUAUUUAUUUUUGCAUUGAUAUAAGAACCUUAACAUCAAAGGUGUUAAACAACAUGUUCAAUUAUUUAAAGAAUUCCACAGAGUUUGUGAUUGUUGCUCACUAUAGUUAGCUCAAUUUUCAAUAUUUUUUAAGGAAAAAUAUAUGCACUCAAACUACGUGGAAUGUUUUACUUUUCGGAAAAAAAAUAGCACAAGCUGUUAAUAUGGCCGCCCACAGUUACUACAUCAUAAUGCAUUGCAUUUUACUCCUCAUAUGCAGUAGAAGAACUUUCAGUAUUCACCUCAUUGUUUACCUUUACUAGUGCAAAUAUUUAACUGUUCCCUCUCUGUCCUUUCUUCGCUUAUGUCUUCGGCUCCAAAAAGAAAAACAAGUAUGAGGAAAACUUAUACCAAAAGCAUAUAAAUAAUAACUGGUGAAUGCAUGACAUAUUCAAGUUAUAUUAGCGUUGUGCAUUUUAUGUUCUUACUCUGUUUUGUAGAUGUUGUGAGAUUCUUGAAGCUUUGACCGGUUUUGAUUUCGUUAGGUUGAACCUUAGAGAGAUGCUAACAAAAUUUUAUGCAGGACUUCUUAUGCUAAGGAAUCUUGUGUGGGCCACAUCCAAGCAUGAUGUUUACAUGGCACAGAACAAUUCAGUGAUGCACUGGUCUUCUCUUCUUCAAAGAGGGACAGAAGUGCUCCGCGUUGCAGGCCAAGUUGUUCCAAAGCAGAAGGGGCAUGGAGCUCAGACACUGUCCAGGGUGCAGAUCAGCACAAUGGCCCUAAAAGACAAUUUCAUGGUAGCAGGCGGUUUCCGCGGCGAACUGAUUUUCAAGUAUGUUGACAAGCCCGGGGUGGUAUUCUGUACGAAUGUCGCUGAUAAUAAAAAUUCUGUCACGAAUGCUGUAGAUGUGUACGAGUCUCCCAGCGGCGCUACUCGAGCGACGGCGGCCAACAAUGACUGCACCGUCAAAUUUCUUGAUGCUGAGAGGUGCAGCCUGCUUAGUCGUUUUAAUUUCCCGUGGUCAGUCAAUAACACAUCGGUGAGUCCUGAUGGCAAGCUUCUUGCGGUUCUCGGCGACAGCUCCGACUGCGUGAUCGCCGACGCUCAAUCGGGCGAAGAGAUAGCGACUCUCAAGGGGCACCUGGACUACUCGUUCUCAUCGGCCUGGCACCCCGGCGGGAACGUCCUGGCGACGGGGAACCAGGACAAGACGUGCCGGCUGUGGGACACGCGCAACCUGUCGGCGCCGUUCGCGGUGCUGGGAGGGAGGAUCGGCGCGGUCCGGGGCCUCCGGUUCUCGUCGGACGGGCGGUUCCUGGCGGCGGCGGAGGCGGCGGACUUCGUCCACGUGUACGACGCGCGGGCCGGCUACGGCGCCGCGCAGGAGAUCGGCCUGUUCGGGGAGAUCGCCGGCGUGGCGUUCAGCCCGGACGCGGGCGCGCUGUUCGUCGGGGUGGCCGACCGGGCCUACGGCAGCUUGCUCGAGUUCGGCAGGCGGGGCCGGCACGCUUACCUGGACUCGUACCUGUGACUGAGUGGAACAGUCAUGUCGACCGUGUCGCUGCCGCGCGUCGAGCUAGAUGCCUAGAUGUGUGUAUAGUGCUCCAUAUGGCAAGUGGUGGUUUCAGUUCUGUAUAUGCGGAGUGGUACUAGUUAAAAGAUGCUACGGUGCAACUGGAUUACAGAUGGUACAUGAUUUGGACUGACCCUGAUUCGAAAGUCAGCAGGUACUACAGAAUAUGGUUCGCGUGUGAAGCCGCGUGAGAAGAGUUUAGUCUUUUCGACC